CAAGGGUCUGCCAUAGAUAAAUAAAAAUAGUUUACUAUUCUAAAUAUAUAUUAUUUGUUGCUAACUUGAAGUUUAGGUAUUAUUUUUAUUUUUUUGAUCCUUUAGGAAUGGUAUAAUUUACCAUGACGAAUAAUCAAAAUGAUGAACCUAUGGAGAUUGUUUUUUGUGAUGAAGAUUUACCUUAUGAAGAGGAAAUUCUUAGAAAUCCAUAUUCAGUAAAACAUUGGUUGAGAUAUAUAGAUCACAAAAAAAAAUCUCCGAAAUACGGCGUCAAUUUGAUUUAUGAACGUGGUUUAAAAGAACUCCCAGGGUCUUACAAGCUAUGGUAUAAUUAUUUAAAAGUAAGGAGAAAGCAAGUUAAGCAUCGCUGUAUUAUAGAUCCUGGAUAUGAAGAAGUAAAUAACGCGUUUGAAAGAGCUUUGGUUUUCAUGCACAAGAUGCCUAGAAUAUGGAUGGAUUAUUGUACCUUUCUUACUGAUCAGAAUAAAAUUACACGUACUAGAAAAGUAUUUGACAGAGCUUUAAGAGCUCUUCCUGUAACACAACAUCAUCGUAUAUGGCCUUUGUAUUUAAACUUUGUUAAAAAACAUGACAUUCCUGAAACUGCAAUUAGAGUUUUUAGACGCUACCUAAAGUUAUGUCCAGAAAAUGCAGAGGAGUAUGUGGAAUAUCUUUCAGGAAUAGAUAAACUAGAUGAAGCCGCUCUUACCUUAGCAAAAAUUGUCAACAACGAAAAUUUUGUAUCCCAAUAUGGAAAAUCCAAACAUCAACUUUGGAAUGAGUUGUGUGAGUUGAUAUCCAACAAUCCAGAUAAAGUUCAGUCCUUAAAUGUUGAUGCUAUUAUUAGAGGUGGUUUGAGACGUUAUACUGAUCAAUUAGGUCAUCUCUGGAACUCUUUGGCUAAUUACUAUGUUAGAAGUGGUUUGUUUGAGAGAGCUCGAGAUAUAUAUGAAGAGGCUAUACAAACAGUUACUACUGUUAGAGAUUUCACACAGGUUUUCGAUGCAUAUGCCCAGUUUGAGGAAUUAAGUUUAAGUAAACGGAUGGAGGAAGUAUCAAAAGUUGCAAGUCCAAGUGAAGAUGACAACAUUGAUUUGGAAUUAAGGUUAGCAAGAUUUGAAGAUCUAAUGGAAAGAAGAUUAUUACUUUUGAAUUCGGUUUUGUUAAGACAGAACCCUCAUAAUGUGCAAGAGUGGCAUAAAAGAGUGCAGUUGUAUGAAGGUAAACCGCAUGACAUUAUAAACACUUAUACAGAGGCAGUCCAGACAGUGGAUCCCAAAUUAGCGGUAGGUAAAUUGCACACCUUGUGGGUCGAAUUUGCAAAAUUUUACGAAAAGAAUGGUCAAGUUGACGAUGCAAGAAUAAUUUUUGAGAAAGCCAUUCAAGUACCUUAUGUGAAAGUCGAUGAUCUUGCAUCUGUUUGGUGUGAAUGGACGGAGAUGGAAAUCAGAAAUGAAAACUAUGAAGAGGCUUUAAAAUUGAUGCAUAGGGCUACCGCAAUGCCCUCACGAAAAGUGGCUUAUCAUGAUGAUGGGGAGACAGUACAAGCACGGUUAUACAAGUCCUUAAAAGUGUGGUCGAUGUACGCAGAUCUAGAAGAGAGUUUUGGCACUUUUAAAUCAUGCAAAGCAGUUUAUGAUCAUAUUAUUGAUUUAAAAAUUGCCACUCCUCAGAUAAUUAUCAACUAUGGAAUAUUUCUAGAGGAGAAUAAUUACUUUGAAGAAGCUUUUCGGGCAUAUGAGAAAGGUAUUUCAUUGUUUAAAUGGCCUAAUGUGUAUGACAUUUGGAAUACAUAUUUAACAAAAUUUUUAAAACGUUAUGGGGGAUCGAAAUUGGAAAGAGCCAGGGAUCUUUUUGAACAGUGUCUAGAAAAAUGUCCUCCACAAUUUGCUAAAAACCUUUACCUAUUGUAUGCCAAAUUGGAAGAGGAGCAUGGAAUGGCGAGGCAUGCAAUGGCAGUUUAUGAGAGGGCGACAAAAGCUGUGCCAGAAAAGGAAAUGUAUGACAUAUUUAAUGUGUAUAUCAAGAGGGCUGCUGAAAUAUAUGGUAUCCCAAAAACCAGACAGAUAUAUGAAAAGGCGAUUGAAGUCCUUCCGGAAGACAGAACAAGGGAGAUGUGCCUUCGAUUUGCAGAUAUGGAAACCAAAUUGGGAGAAAUUGAUCGGGCACGGGCUGUUUAUGCCCAUUGUAGUCAGAUCUGUGAUCCAAGGGUGACCACUGAAUUUUGGCAGACGUGGAAAGAGUUUGAAGUUAGACAUGGUAAUGAAGACACAAUGCGGGAAAUGUUGAGAAUAAAACGAAGUGUUCAAGCCAUGUAUAAUACACAGGUUAAUAUGAUGUCAGCUCAAAUGCUGAGCUCUGCUGCAGCUACAACUGGCACAACUGCAGACUUGGCUCCAGGAGAAAAGGAUGGAAUGAGACUAUUGGAGGCAAAAGCGGCAGAAAUGGCUGGUUCUGCUGGGCUUGUCACAAGAUCUGGGAACAUAAUGUUCGUUAGGGGUGAAACCCAAGGAAACAAGCAGGACAAAGUUGUGAAUCCUGAUGAAAUCGAUAUUGAUGAUGAAGAGGAGGAGAUUGAGAAUGAAGAAGUGCCAAUUGAAAAGAAAAAUAUUCCAUCAGAAGUGUUUGGUAGUUUAAAGAAAGAUGACCUGAAUGAUUGAAGGUGUAAUUAUGAUUAAAAAAUGGUAGAUGAGCAGCUGUUUUAUUCUUAAAAAUAUAAAUUAUAAAACACCCUUUCCCCCUAGUUCCACACUGUAACUAAAAUGACUGU